AUGUCUUCACCACCAGUGAUCCUCGUCACUGCCGGUUCGGCAGGUCUCGGGGCUGCGGUCGCGCAUUGCUUCGCGGAGAACGGAUUCCGAGUUGUCAUCAAUUAUCGUUCGAGCGCCGACAAGGCCGCAAGACUUCUCAGUAAUCUGCCAAGGCAAUCCCAUGCCACGAAUGACACACACAUCUGCGUACAGGCCGAUUUGGAGUCCCGUGGUGAUGUUGAGAGACUGGUUACCCAAGCCUACUUGAAGAUGGGUCGCCUAGAUGUGGUCUUCUCUAACGGCGGGUGGACGAAACCUCGGGACAUGGAGAGCAUCGAGGACAACAUGAUCGAGGAAGAGUGGGAUAGGGCCUUCAAGAUGAAUGUAAAGUCGCAUCUUUGGCUGUUAUAUGCUGCAAGAGCACAAUUGGAUGCUACGGAGGGAUGCUUUAUUAGCACAGCCUCUGUGUCGGGUAUGGGACAUAAUGGGAGUUCUCUGGCAUAUUCCGUCACCAAAGCCGCACAGUUACACAUGAUAAGAGGACUUGCAUGCAUGGCGGGACCCAAAAUCAGAGUGAACAGUGUCUCGCCAGGUCUUUUACAGACGGAAUGGGCUGAACGAUUCCCUCCCGCGGCUCAAGAGGCUCAUAGACAAAAGACCAAACUAAAACGCAUGACAGGAGUCAACAUUGUUGUCGACGCUGGUUACAUUCUUUGA